CAGCCCAGUGAGGGAGGCUCACCUGAGGGAGAAACUGGCCCCAGAGGAUUGCUACCACUUAAUUCUAUGACCACCCAAAAAGGCUGACAGAAUCCCAGGCAAAGGCUGUGGUCAGAGGUCCAGAAUUGGCCUGGCUGGUCUUCAAACAGAGAGAGGAGAGUCUCCACUGAAUUUUUCUUCCAUGGAAGACGCUGCAGGAAAGAAGCCCUUGGAACAGAUGACUUUUCGGGAUGUGGCCGUGUUUUUCACAAAGGAGGAAUGGAACCUGUUGAAUCAGAACCAAAGGUCUUUGUAUGAGGAGGUCAUGAUUGAAAACUAUGAGAAUGUGUCCUCCCUGGGAGAGAAGUGGUGGAAAACAAAAGUAUGUAUGAAGUCUUUUACUCAUGAUUCAACUCUUUUGAGGCAUCAUAGAGUCUACAGAGGAGAGAAACCAUACAGAUGCCAUCAGUGUGGAAAAUGUUUUAUUAAGAAGUCACACCUUGUGAAUCACCAUAGAGUACACACAGGAGAAAAACCAUACAAAUGCCAGCAGUGUGGGAAAUGUUUUGGUGAUAAGUCAUACCUUUUCAAGCAUCAGAAAGUCCACACAGGAGAGAAACCAUACAAAUGCCAGCAAUGUGGAAAAGAUUUUACUUUCCAUUCAAACCUUUAUAGGCAUCAGAAAGACCAUACAGGAGAGAAACCAUACAAAUGCCAGCAGUGUGGGAAAUGUUUUGCUUCUCUUCCAAACCUUGUAACUCACCAGAGAGUCCACACAGGAGAGAAACCAUACAAGUGCCAGCAGUGUGGGAAAUGUUUUGCUGGAAAGUCAGACCUUUCAAAACAUCCUAGAGUCCACACAGGAGAGAAACCGUACAAAUGCCAGCAGUGUGAGAAAGAUUUUGUUUCUCUUUCAAAUCUUGUAACUCAUCAGAGAGUCCAUACAGGAGAGAAACCAUACAAAUGCCAGCAGUGUGGGAGAUGUUUUUCGAACAAGUCGGUCCUUGUGAUUCACCAUAGAGUCCACACAGGAGAAAAACCAUACAAAUGUCCAGUGUGUGGGAAAUGUUUUGCUGACAAGUCUUCCCUUUUGACCCAUCAGAGAGUCCACACAGGAGAAAAACCAUACAAAUGCCAGCACUGUGGAAAAUGUUUUACUCAGACAUCAAACCUUCUGAGUCAUCAGAGAGUCCACACAAGAGAGAACCCAUACAAAUGCCAGCAGUGUGAGAAAGAUUUUGCUUCUUUUUCAAAGCUUGUAACUCAUCAGAGAGUCCACAGAGGAGAGAAACCACACAAAUGCCAACAGUGUGGGAAAAGUUUUGCAAACAAGUCAGUCCUUGUGGUUCACCAUAGAGUCCACACAGGGGAAAAACCAUACAAAUGUCAGGAAUGUGGGAAAUGUUUUGCUGACAAGUCAGUCCUUCUGACCCAUCAGAGAGUCCACACAGGAGAAAAACCAUACAAAUGCCUGCAGUGUGGAAAAUGUUUUGCUCAGACAUCAAACCUUCUGAGUCAUCAAAGAGUCCACACUGGAGAGAAACCAUACAAGUGUCAGGAGUGUGGACAAUGUUUUGCUAAGAACUCACAUCUUGAGAGACACCAGAGAGUCCACACAGGAGAGAAACCAUACAAAUGCCAACAGUGCGAGAAAUGUUUUGUUGACAAGUCAGACCUUUCAAAGCAUCAGCGAGUCCACACAGGAGAAAAACCAUACAAAUGCCAACAAUGUGGGAAGUGUUUUGUUAAAAAAUCCGACCUUUCAAAACAUCAGCAAGUCCACACAGGAGAGAAACCAUACAAAUGCCUGCAGUGUGGGAAGGAUUUUCAUAUCAGUUCAAACCUCCUUAUUCAUCAGAGAGUCCACACAGGAGAGAAACCAUUCAAAUGCCAACAUUGUGGAAAAUGUUUUGCUCAUAAGUCAAACCUUAAGAGUCACCUGAAAGUCCACACAGGAGAGAAACCAUACGAAUGCCAGCAGUGUGGAAAAUGUUUUGCUCAUACAUCCAGCUUUUCAGUACAUCAGAGACUCCACAUAGGCGAGAAACCAUUCAAAUGUCAGCAAUGUGAAAAAUGUUUUGUUCUGAGGCAACAUCUUUUGAGGCACCAGAGAGUCCACACAGGGAAGUGACCAUACAUCGGCUGCCUCUGUGGGAAAUGUUUUUCUCAGAAUACACACCUUUUGAAACAUCACAAAUAUCACAUUAAGGAGAAAUCAUAGAAAUGACAGCAGUAUAGAAGAUGUUUUCUUGGGGAAGCAACCUUCAUACAUCCAAAUUGUUUCUUGUUAAUCUCUAUCAUUUCUGCUUCACAGAUAAUAAUGUUAAUGUAUCUUGCACUUGGGCUUUGAUCUGUCAGUUAGGAGUGAUACAGGCAGGGGUCAUCUGUUUUGGGUUUGGUCAAGUGUUGUUUUUAAUUUUUCAAUAGGAAGUUCCUUUUUAUCUUUCCAGACUGGAAUCCUUUGCAGGUAUAUAUCACUACUUGUCUUUGCCUCCAUCCCUGACCUUGUAUAGAUAUACCGAAUUGUAUAGCUUGUCUUGUGCAAGGGAAUGGGGGGCUUGGGGCCCAGCAAGGACAAAUUUAUUUUGAUGUUAACUGUAAUUUGAUUAAUUUAACUGUGUUUAGUUAAGGUAAGGGGAUGAAUUUUUAGUUGUUUAUGUGUUAUGUAAUUGUUUAUGCAUUUUGUAAACCACUUUGAUCUGUUGGAAAGGUAUAUAAAUACUAUUAUUAUUAUUAGGGAGAGGGCGUGGCAAGUACAGAUAUGAUUGAUGUUAGCAGUAGCAAUAGCAGUAGUAUUUACAUUUCUAUACUCCUUCAUAGUGAACUAUGCACUCUCUAAGCAGUUUACAAUGUGUAAGCCAGUUAUCCCCAAGCUGGAUACACAUUUUACUAGUCUACGAAAAGAUGAAAAGCUGAGUCAACUUGGAGCCCUGCAAGCUUGAACUCACAACAUUAUGGCUGCAUAACUGGCAUUUCCAUGCACCAUCAGGACUCCUGUCAGCAGCAAACAUGGAGGAGGCAGAGGAGGAGGAUCACUUUAUCCAUCUUGCUUCUUGCUGAUUCUCUAUUUGUCUUGUCUAAGCUGUGAGAGAAAGCAACUGUGCUGAGAAAAGAAGGGGGCUGCGCCAUUGUUGUAAUGGUCCCCAGCCAUUCGGAACAGUCAGAUGGCCCAGAACAUCAAUUUCCAAGUAUGGCACAUGCCCACCAAAUUCACCAGCCAAGACUGGAUGAGAACAAUAGUGGAAGCCACAAAAUUUCCAGACAUUCUGGCCACAUCUCCUGCACUGUGCAAAACAGCCCAAGAAGUCCACUUGUCACAGAGCCACUCUCACCCAGUUCACCAGUUAAGCAGGAUAUUAUGGGAAGGAUACAAGAACCCCAAUGUGAAAAACAAUAUAUCAAAUCUGAAAAGAAGCUUCAGGCCUGUUACAGACAGGCCAAAAUAAAGCUGCUUCGAGUCACUUUGGAGGUAUGGUAUUUCAAUGAUGCAUGCAUCCUAA